UCAGCUCAGCCUUUCACAAAGCUCAGUGGUCGACAGCACCCUCUAAACGCCGUUAACCGUGAGGUCGGUGCCAGGUCGCGUCAUUCUGGGCCAGGGCCAAGGCCACAAGUUCAGCUGAACGAGUGAAUGACUGCAGAUGGUGUGUUUUAUUGUUGACGAUAUUAAAAUGAGGUUGAACAUGAACCUUCUCGGUGGCCUAGCGGCAGUCCGCCCUGGCACUGGGGCAUCGGGGUACCAUACCAAUGACCCAAUGCCUCCCUGGGGUUGGAUUCAGCGUUUUCAUUAACCGAAACGACAAACUGAUGUCGUUGGCGCCCCUGGGAUAACGUUGAUAACGUAAUCGAGACGCUGACCAGCUAAAACUAGCUCUGUGGAGCUAAAACACGACGAGACGAACAGGAGUUCUCGUUAGCGAGCUGACUGGACGAAAACUAUGCUCUAAAUGCUCAUUUCUGCCUGUGUCACUAAAGUUCACAGGAGCAGCGCUACUGUCGGCGUCCUGCUCACAGACCAGUCAGCUGCUGAGUGAAGCUGGCUCCCAUCCACAUCAGAACACACCAUUCUACUUAUGCGGAUUUCUGAUGUGGGUUGGAAGCCAACUUCACUCAGCUCGGCUCCGCUUCCCUGCCGCGGGAACGCUCAGCCGCUCAUAGACGCUACCACGGGCGACGGCGUUGCUACUUGUAAACUACUAACGUUUCUUAUCCGUGCGCUUUUGGGCAGAUUAAUGAAAGAAAUGACGUUGAUCAGGUUUGAUCUGAACACGUUUCUUGUUUUAAAGUCAGGAUGAUCGUCUCUGCUCCCUGGUUCCUAAUAACGGCUCACAUUCCUGCUUUUCAACCCAACAGCAUCCCAGUUUAAGCCCGUCUAAGCGUUUAGGAGCAGAACCGGGUCAUUUAUAAUAAUUCUGUGGAAACACGACUGCAUUGGCAGGUGGACGUUUCCACAAUGUACAUUCAAGAUGGAGGUCUGAUAACUCUAAUAAAUGACGUCUUUAUUUGUGUAUGAAUAUUGUGUAAAUACUCUAAAGGUUAACCCUUUAAGCCAGGACUUCAUUCACGUGCUGUGGAGCCAUUUCUGGGACCUGCUGUGCAUCAAUACAAGCCUCACAUUCUCAGGUUAAUCAUGUAGAUGUAAAAGGUUCAAACCAAGAAAUGCUUUUUCUGUUUUUACACAUUUUUCAUGCUACAGAAAAGCAGCACCCUAACCCUCAACACAAAAACAUAAACAAUAACAAUCAGAUAAUAAUGUUGGAUAUUUGUAGCUAAUGUUUCAGUAGCAUGUCGUUUUCUUUUCCUCUCGCUCGCUAAUAAUAAUAACAAUAAAACAGAAUACGCGAGGAAACAGAAACAUGGUCCGGCACUGCUGGCGUCAACCGCUUCGAGGAGGGAGGGUGUACCGUUUGACCGGUCCGUGAUUCAUCCACACGUUCGUAGUGGUGUGUGUGUGUGUGUGGCGUUUGUAAUGGUGUGUGUAGAACGUGUUUGUCUAAACGUAUUAUUACAAAAAAGCACAAGAAAAAGCUGAAAGACUGGGCCUACAAUUCACGGGAAAAUGACAUCAAAGCAGGUGAUUGGGUGAGUGAUAAUCAUGUGACAGUUCCCGUUGCCGUGAUGACGUUUAUUCUAGCGUGUGAAGCCGUGUGAGCUGCAGAUCAGAACGACAGCGUCUGAAUGAAUGAAAACGCUUAUCUGUGCAUUGUGGUUUUUCAGCGGAAACGCAGCGCUCUGAGACAGGUCCAGUGUGUGAGACAGGUCCAGUGUGUGAGCCAGUGUGUGAGACAGGUCCAGUGUGUGGGACAGGUCCAGUGUGUGAGACAGGUCCAGUGUGUGAGACAGGUCCAGUGUGUGAGCCAGUGUGUGAGACAGGUCCAGUGUGUGAGCCAGUGUGUGAGACAGGUCCAGUGUGUGAGCCAGUGUGUGAGACAGGUCCAGUGUGAGAGCCAGUGUGUGAGACAAGUCCAGUGUGUGAGACAGGUCCAGUGUGUGGGACAGGUCCAGUGUGAGAGACAGGUCCAGUGUGAGAGACAGGUGCAGUGUGUGAGCCAGUGUGAGAGACAGGUCCAGUGUGAGAGACAGGUCCAGUGUGUGAGACAGGUCCAGUGUGUGAGACAGGCCCAGUGUGAGAGACAGGUCCAGUGUGUGAGACAGGUCCGGUGUGUGAGACAGGUCCAGUGUGAGAGACAGGUCCAGUGUGAGAGACAGGUCCAGUGUGAGAGACAGGUCCAGUGUGUGAGCCAGUGUGUGAGACAGGUCCAGUGUGAGAGACAGGUCCAGUGUGAGAGCCAGUGUGUGAGACAGGCCCAGUGUGUGGGACAGGUCUAGUGUGUGAGACAGGUCCAGUGUGUGAGACAGGUCCAGUGUGUGAGACAGGUCCAGUGUGACAGACAGGUCUAGU